AUUUUGGAGCAAGGUGAAUCUUGCUUUGAAGUGAAGUUGUGAGAUGUACUUUGAAUGGACUUCACAGGAUGUUGUGACAGAUAUCUGUCUGUGCCGGUUUCAUUUCUGAGGAUUAGAUUUAGAUCACUCCUCUGCUCAUGGAAAGAUACCUACAGACAGAGUUACUCAGCAAGCCAAUAUUUCAGCAAUUAAGAUCUCUUUAUUCCUAAAGUUUCUUCUGUCAAUACAAAAGAAGCUUGCACGUAUGUCCAGAGCGCUACAUCCGUUUGCACCACUGGAGUUUUCCAAUUGUGCUUUUGUAUAAAACAGCAGCAUAUGGGAGUCGGACAAAGCAUAUUGGAUCUGAUUUCAAGGGCAGACCUUUCCAUACCCGUGCUUGUGUUACCUCUUUUAGACAUCAUAAAGGGAUAGAGGAAUGAUUGUUCUGUGACCACAAGCUUUCCAUGUGACACAUGUGCAUCAUCUCAUUUGUCCGUUACUGUCUAUUCUUUUUGCUAUUUUUGAGUCAGGGGCUGUGGGACAACCCCCCGCCCUGACCCACGAGGCCGUAGGUUAAGAGGUCCAUUCCUAGAUGCUGUAUGUCCAUAGCAAUCGGGGGACUAUAUCAAAACCAGACAGGAGGCGAGGCCCACCAUCAAUGUGCUCCUAUUUGACCUCCAGAUCAAAUCUGAAGGUGUGAGAGUGGGAGGAGAGGUGAGAUGGAGACAGAGGAGAUGGAAGGACGCACUUUAGUGCAGGUGAUCAGUGAGAAGUACAGCCCAGAAAACUUCCCAUACUGCCGUGGGCCAGGAGCUGGAGUGGUGAUCCGGUCAAGUCCCCAGGGUUCACCUGUCAAAGAUCGUCUAAAUCUGCCCAGCAUCCUAGUUCUGGAUGGUUGUGGAAUUACAGAGGCCGGAGAUGAAGAGGAGGUGGCCACUUUCUGUGCUCACGUGGUUGAGCUAGACCUCUCCCACAACCAUUUUAAAGACUGGGGAGAGAUAAGCAAGAUCCUGUUUAACAUCCCUAAUCUAGACUUUCUCAAUCUGAGUAUGAAUCCAUUGAGAGGGUCGAGUCUGGAGCCUGGAACUGCUGAAGCAUUCUCAGGCCUUCGCCGCCUUGUGCUCAAUAACACGUAUGUCACCUGGGACAUGGUGCACACACUUACACGAGAGACCCCAGAGCUGGAGGAGUUGUUUCUGUGUCUGAACGAGUAUGAGAGUGUGAGUGUGUCAUCUAUAUCGUACCCAUCCCUGCGCCUGCUGCAUAUCACAGAUAACCAGCUGCAGCAAUGGGUGGAGGUGCGUAAGCUGGGCCUCAUAUAUCCGGGCCUGGUGUCUCUUAUCCUGGCAAACAACUCUCUCUCGUCUAUCCACGAGCCUGAGGACUCCCUACAUAGACUCUUCCCCAACCUGCGCAGCAUAAACCUACACAACUCAGGUCUAAGUCGCUGGGAGGACAUCGAAAAACUGAAUUUCUUACCAAAGCUUCAAGAGGUCAGAGUGAUGGGUAUUCCUUUACUGCAGCCCUACACCGAUCAGGAGAGACGUUGUCUUAUGGUAGCACAGUUGCCUAAUGUGACUGUAUUGAACGGCAGUGUUGUCACUGAUGGAGAAAGAGAGGAUGCAGAACGCUUUUUCAUCCGCUACCACCAGGACUGCCCUGAGGAUGAGUUACCACAGAGGUACCACACUUUGGUAGCACGCUAUGGCCGCCUAGCCCCACUUGCGGAAGUGGAUUUGCGCCCUCUCUGCCAUGUCCAAGUAGAGGUGCAUUUCAGGGACCAGACAGAGCCCCUAGCGCUCAGAUUGGAUCAGACAGUGGGAGACCUAAAGAAGCAGUUGAGAGCCGUGGUCCAGCUACCUCCAAACAAGAUACGUGUGUACUAUAUCGACCGGCAGCUUGGCUACGCGUUAGAGCCUCAGGAGAUGAAAUAUGGAGCUCGAGCACUUCAUUCCUACAGUAUACGAGAUGGAGAUGAGAUCUUGGUGGUGCCUAAGACACAGUGACUGAAAAGAGAGCAACAGCUGGGCACUGUUUGGGAAAAAAAUUACGAUGUUUCCACAUUUAUUGGAAUACCAUCUUCCAAUAAAGGCAAUGUGAAUGCUGCGAACAGUGCACAAGUCCGCAUGCCUUAUAUUUACAACAGAGAAAAACUGCAAAUUUUUCCCAGCAUCUUCAAUCGUAUGUAAAAUAGUUUUAAAAAAAGAGAUUUUGGAUUAGGA